AAACGUACAUCGUUCAUCAAAAAUUCUUACCAUGAACGAUUGAGAGUUGGGCAUCACGUAAAAAAGGAUUCGUUCGCAAACCUCGCAAGUGUCUGACAGAAAACGUGGUCGCUUAAAGGUAGAAGUCAUGUUUGUUCACGCGCUUUUAAGCCUGUGCUUUCUGACGGCAUGUAGCGCAGCUCCUGGUGACCCUCUGUCUGGUAGGGGCGGAAGUGGAGGAUUCGGAGGUCCAUCUUAUAGUAUCACCGGCCCAUUCGGUGGCGGCAGUGGAUUUGGAGGCAGUGACUUUGGAGGUGGUGGAUUUGGUAGUGGAAGCCGUUCAGAUAUAUACAGUGCUGGAGGUGGCGGCAGCGAUGGAUUUGGUGCAGGUGGCGGCAGCGUUGGAUUUGGUGCAGGUGGCGGCAGCGAUGGAUUUGGUGCAAGUGGUAGCAGCGGUGGAUUUGGUGCAGGUAGCGGCAGCGAUGGAUUUGGUGCAAGUGGUAGCAGCGGUGGAUUUGGUGCAGGUGGCGGCAGCGAUGGAUUUGGUGCAAGUGGUAGCAGCGGUGGAUUUGGUGCAGGUGGCGGCAGCGGUGGAUUUGGUGCAGGUGACAGCAGCGGUGGAUUUGGUGCAGGUGGCGGCAGUGGUGGAUUUGGUGCUGGAAGUGGCGGCAGCGGUGGAUUUGGUGCUGGAGGGCAAUCAUAUGAAACUAGUGGAGGAAGAAGUGACUUCGGGUCGCCUGCUGGUGGCUUCGGUGAAGGAUUCGGACGGAGCGGUAGAAGUGGUGUUGGUGGUGGUGUUGGUGGUGGUGGUGGUGGUGGUCGUGGUGGAAGAGGAGGUGGUGGUGGUGAUGGUGGUGGGUCGCGACGAUCUCCAGGCGACCAAUAUGCAAACAGACCACCUCCGGCAGAGGGAUACGUUGGAGGUCGAGGAGGUGUUGAAGGUUUACCGGUUCAAGGCGGGUACGGCGGUGGCGAAGAAUAUGCUGAUGGUGGAGUUCGCGAAGGCAUGGCCAUGGGAAGGCCCGGAGAAGGUUCUGCAAUGGCGACUGAUGUGAGACGCCGUACAGGCAGAGAAGACUUGCCUAUGAGUUAUUAUGAACAGUACUCCGGCGGACCAGCGACCGCUCCUGGUGGUAUGGGUGGAAUGGGCGGUUUUGGAGGAGCGAUGGGAGGCACAAUGGGAAGUGGAUUCGGUGGAAGUUAUAUGGGAGGAAUGGGUGGAAUGCACUCUGGAAUGGGUGGGUUCGGAGGAAUGGGUGGGUUUGGAGGAAUUGGUGGGUUCGGAGGAAUGGGUGGGUUCGGAGGAAUGGGUGGCACUCAUUCUGGAAUGGGUGGUGCGCAUACUGGAAUGGGAAUGACCGGAGGGAUGGCCGGCGGCUAUGGAAGUACGACUCGCGGCUUUGGAGGAAUGACCAGCGGUUAUGGAACUAGCGGUUUCGGAGGUAUGGGCGGUGGUUUUGGAAGAACUGGUGGAAUGCAUUCUGGUAUGGGAGGCGGUAUGCAUUCUGGCAUGGGACGCGGCAUGUAUUCUGGCAUGGGAGGCGGUAGCAUGGGAGGCGGCAUGUAUUCUGGCAUGGGAGGCGGCAUGUAUUCUGGCAUGGGAGGCGGCAUGCAUUCUGGCGGUAUGCAUGGCGCCGGGAUGAGCGCAUAUAGCGGAACCAGGCGAAUGUAGGGCCACGUAGCGCUGACGACGUUACAAUGACAGUUUAUUUUAUUUAUUGUGGUGAUUAUUUUACAUGAUUGAGUGGAUCUUAAUUGAUGAUUUCUUUCCGAUCCAUUAUUUAAAUGGUACAGACAAGAGCAAUUAAUAUUAAUCAAUGACAACGCUCAAUAUACUUAGCAUGCAGUAUCACACUGUUCCGGCUGUCUUUGAAGAUUCCUCAGAUAGUAUACCAUUGUAACAAGAAACAAGUUACAAUAUAUUUUUUUCGUAUUUUGUGGCGAAAUAAAACGCUAUUUUUGUCAUAUAAUAAUUGAAAAAAGAACAACCAAUGUUUUCCUGUUAUGAAAUGAACAUUCUUUAACAGUACAUCUUGAAAGAAUCUUGAUUUAUCGAUAUGUUUUCAUGUAAAAUUUCACAAUGAAGAAUACAAUAUAAAAUGUAUGGAUUGUUUUAAAUGAAAUAAAGAAGUGCAACAUAUGUA